GCGGACGGACUUGCUUCCGUUGUCUCAUUGCUCGCAACGUUGAUGUGGAGCUGUGAUCCUAGCAGAAGCCACGAUGCCGAAGCUAUCGGGAUCUCAAUCCGCGGUGGAACUUCGAUCUCUUCUUCCGCGCUUACACAGCUGCGAACUGCAGGGCUCUGAACGGGUGGGCAAAGCGGAGGAGUACAUGUAUUUGCAAGUGAAGCGAAGCCAUUGGCCGCAGCUGAGCCCUGACUGCCGCUUGUGGACACUGCGAGACUUCGCGCUCCAGCAUUCGAAUUGGGAAUCCUUCACCGACAAGGGCAAGCUGAGGGUCAUCUACGAACUUGGAGCGCUGCUGACGGAGAACGCCGACAAGCUCCGGGAGGAUGCGAUGCUCAAGGCACGCAACGACCUCCAACAUGCCAUCACUGAGGCCAGGCAGCUACCGCGCGUGGUGCGCUCGGACCAGCUGCGGGCCACGGCGGUGGCCGGGCUCUGCGAGACCCUCAACCUGCCCUCGGCGGCCCGACGCCUCAAAGAGGCACUGGGUGCAGCCAAACGCGAGGAUUACGAUGUUGGACACCUCCAGAACCUGGGGAAGAAGUUUCGCUUCAAGGGCUACAUUCCAAAGAUUGAAGACAGGUCCAUGACAGUGGCACAACUCCGACGAGUCCUAAAGUAUUGUCAAGAAGCGUGUUCUCAUUGGUACGACCUCCCGAAGGAUGAGGUUGACCUCACCGGGAAUUCUUCAAAGGGGAUGCCACAGACACCGCUGAGUAUGGAAGUCUUGAACUUGUAUCACAUCGACAGUUGGCUCAUUUGGCCAGCCACGGAGGCCUCCCGCAGCUCCUUUCUGGAACUCAUGGCCGACCAGGCUCAGCCAGCCAAUUGGUGUGUGAGCCAUUGCUGGUCACAACUGCACAGCUCCUUUGUCGAAUGCAUCAGCCAACAUGUGCAGACAAGGGGGUUGCAUCGGUGCACGCACUUCUGGAUUUGGGCCUAUGCACACAGGCACCAUAGCUCGGUCACGGAGCGAGCCGAAGCGCCCGAGUCGGGUUUUUGCCAAGCUUUGAACUUGGCUGAGAGUCGGCUCUUGCUGGUCCUGCAGGACGUUGAGGCCACCGAGGCAGUCUCCCCCUUCGGACGCUUGUGGUGCAUGUUUGAGGUUCUCCAGAGCCUGACAACUGGCACUGCACGUGGACUGACGAGAACUCCCUUGGAUGUGGCUGUCUUUUCCAAGAACCAGGCCACCAUCAUGACCUACGGCCUCACGGACGCAGAAGAGGCCAAGGACUGUCGAUAUCCUGGCAGCGGCCUUGCCGAGAAAGCCGCCCGCGAGAAGGACUUCCCUUUAGAUGCCAUCGCAGCCAGUUUGCAACAGAGAGUGGAAUUGGCCAAGAUGUCCUGGGAGGAGGACCGCUUUCAUUUGCUCCAGCUCAUGGGGGUGGAGGAUGGCACGAUGAGCACCGACAGCUGUCAGGUGGUGAACACAAGGCUCAAUGGCCUCUUUGCCCUGGUUUUCCUGCGGAAGAUCUUCGAGGGUGCCGAAGCUGCGGAGUCGGCCGAGUUGAAGGAGUUGGUGGCCCAAGCCCUGUCUCGCGACACCCAGCGUCUUGAGAUUGACAUCACCCUGGGGGCAGGCAUGGGUUCCUCCUCCGAUGAUGAGCUACUCCUCUUGGUGAAGCACAUGUCUCCUAGGCUUCAGCGGAUCACAGUGGAUGUGAAAGGAAGCGGUUUGAAGAAUGCCAGUCUUGCAGAGAUCGCCAACUUCUUAUCUCCAGAGCUGCAGGACAUUCUUUUGGAUUUACAGGGCUGCCGUACUAUUACUGAUACUGGUAUCAAGAGGUUUAUGGACAACCUCAUGGACAAUUGCGAUCGUUCUAAGCUGAGCACCGUCUCGUGCUUAUUGAUGGGAACGAAGGUGGCGGAACACAGCCAAGAGGCAUGUGAGAUUCUGGACCUGGAGCAGAUCGCUCAGGUUCGCACGCAGCUGGAGCUUCAAGAGAGGAAGAACCAAAUCAAGCGUUUGAUGAAGAAUGUGGAUCAGGGGAAGACGGCCAUCGCCUCCUUCAAGCGGCUCAUGCAGAGUGACGUUGAGGUGGCGCUCCGCGGUGUGCUGGGCGAGACGGGCUUGAUCGAUGCUUCCCACGUGGAGUGGGGCAUUCACAGUGAAGAUAUGGCGAUUGCAUUUGACCAGACAUUCAUCAAAGUGCUUCUGGACGUUGGUGCGACGAUCGAAUUCAUGAAGCGUCCAGAGGCUCCACCCUACUCGGUGAUGUGGCCACAAGAGGAACCUGACCGAGAUGCCGACAGUCGGGUCUACAAACUGCACCACCGGCACGAGGGCUUCAUAGACGCCAUGGCCGAGAAGCUCAAGGAGGUGCAGCCAUCCGGACGGAAGGCAGUGGCAGCUGCUCUACUGGAGCUCCGGGCCGGCGAUCUCAUCCGCGCGGCCAUUCCAUCGAAGGAUGCACAGAAGUUGGCCUUUAUCUACGCGGCACGCGAGGGCAGCCGCGAAUCCGUAUCAUCGCUGCUCUUGUCCUUGGGUGAGCUUUUGACCCAGGUGGAUGAUGCUACUUGGGAUGAGGAGGACCUGGCGCUAUGCAACUUGAAAGACAGCUUCACCGCACCACGGGGUACUGCGCUUCAUGGUGCCGCCGAGAACGGCCACUCCGAGGUCGUCCAGAAGCUCCUCGAUUGGGGGGCCGAUGUGAAUCAGAUGCGCUUCGACACCGAUGCCACGGCCCUGACCUUGGCCGCGCAGAGAGGAUGGUUGGAGGUCUGUGCUGUCCUUUUGGACAAUGGCGCUGAAAUCGAGGUCCGCGACAUGACUGGCCGCACUCCUCUCAGUUGGGCGGCUGGACAUGGACACGUCCACGUGGUGGAGGAGCUGUUGGAGCGUUCGGCGCAGAUCGACCGACCGGACUCGAAGGGCAUGACACCGCUGAUGUUUGCCGCUGGUAUUGGCCAGGUUGCCGUUGCACAGAAGCUCAUUGAAUCCGGCGCAAACAUCAGGGCCGUGGACAAAGAGGAGAAGACGCCAGCAAUGCAUGCCACGAUCUAUGACACAGACAAGAUGGGCCUGCAGCAGAAGAAGCAGAAGAUUUUGGACAUGCUACAGCUUCGAGAGAAGGAGCUGGAGCGGGAAGCCGAACGCGAAGCAGAACGCGAACUUGAGCGACAAGCACUGGAACGAGAAAGGCAACAAGAAGCAGAGCUUGAAGCUGAAAGUGAGGGGCAGAUGACUCCAGUGGCCUGAUCGGUCACAAACGAGCCUCAACACCAUGUCAACGAAGGUCUCCUGUUUUUGACCCACAGCCAAAUGUGAAAGGUCGCAAAGUUUGGAAGAUGCGCAUGAGAGCCCACACCCCAGGUUCUUCGCAGAGCUCAUUUUCUUCUUCC